CUACCUUGCUCUUUCAACACAUACGUCCUUCUUGGCGCAUAUGUUAUCCAAUCAGAGGCCGGCGACUAUGAUCCAACCACUCACGAGGGCAUCAAGUACCUGGCCAAGGUCCCCUUCGCGCCACGUGACCUCCAAACCAAUGAGAUGCUUGCGAGAAUCAGAGACCUACAUGGAUGCCUUGCGUAAGUUUCGGUUGCCUUGUGAUUUUUUUCCUCACAAAGUGGUUUGUUUCAACAAUGAUUUCUUCCCGUUUUAUCCGGCCCAGCUUACGCAAGCAGUUUAUUACAGUUUGUUUUCAUCCGUAGAACUAUCAAUCAGUAGUGGAAAGGUAUAA